UGGUUUCAAGUCUUCCCCUUUUAUUAAAGCUCUCCCUCCAUUAAUCAGAAUCGUUUCUUAGAACUUUUGGUUAAUAAAAACUUCAGUUUUUCUUUUGUUAACCAACAAUGCGUUCCUAAUAAUUUGUUUAUUUGGCUCUGCAUGUGUGUUUUUUUUUUUUCACUUCAAAGAUUGGGUUUUGCCUUUUACUUCCAUAAAAGUUUCAAUCCGAUUUGGCUGAGAUUCAGUCUUUCGAGAAAGAAGAUUAAUUGAGAUUCUUGGUAUAGGGAGCGUGGAUGUUGUAAUGGAGACCAAGGGUGGCAAAAAGAAGUGUAAUAAUAGUAGUAGUAGCAGUGAUUCUUUACAAUACGAAGUUCCUCUCGGUUACAGCAUUGAAGACAUUCGUCCAAACGGUGACAUCGAAAAGUUCCGAUCUGCUGCUUACUCCAACUGCGUUAGAAAGCCAUCCUCGCCACCGCCUCCUUCACCAAUAGGCUUCGAAGGCUUCGAAAAACGCCUGGAAAUCUCUUUUUUCGAUCCACCCAUCUUCAAUGAUCCAAAUGGGCUGGGCCUCCGAGCCUUAUCUAAAGCCCAACUCGACUCCAUCCUUGAACCAGCUUGCUGCACCAUAGUUUCUGAGCUCUCAAAUUCCAACUUCGACUCUUACGUUCUCUCAGAGUCAAGCCUCUUCAUUUACCCAAACAAAAUCAUCCUCAAAACAUGCGGAACGACAAAGCUUCUCUUAUCAAUCCCCCGGAUUCUCCAGCUCAGUAACUCGCUCUCUCUCACUGUGUCACGAGUCAACUACUCACGUGGUACCUUCAUUUUCCCUGAUCACCAACCUGCCCCUCACCGUAACUUCUCCGAGGAAGUUACCUCGUUAAACGAAUGUUUCACUGAUUUUAUUACCGAGGCUUAUAUAGUCGGUGAUCCGAAGUUUCCAACUCGGAGCUGGCACGUUUACUCGGCUGUAGCAAAAUGUGCACCGCCGUUGACGGAAGAUCAGAGGGGAGUUAUCACUCUGGAAUUGUGCAUGACGGGGUUGGAUAGACAAAAGGCAGGCGUUUUCUACAAAAAGCCGGGUAACGGGAAUUGUUCGGCACGUAAAAUGACGAAAAUGUCCGGAAUUGCUGACAUCAUUCCAAGUCACGUGAUAUGCGACUUCGAAUUUGACCCGUGUGGGUAUUCGAUGAAUGGGAUCGAAGGGUUUGCUUACUCUACGGUGCACGUGACCCCCGAAGAGGGGUUCAGUUACGCAAGCUACGAGGCCAUGGCGCUCGACACCGAGUCUGUUAAGCUGGAACCUCUAGUUAAUAGGGUGCUGACAUGUUUUUGUCCGAACGAGUUUUCUGUUGCGGUCACGUGCCACGGUGGGUUCUGUUUAUGGCCCAUGGAAGGUGCUGACGUGGAAGGAUACACAUGUCAGUAUAUGGUUAAGCAGGAUCUGCCCGGUGGCGGGUGUGUGGUUUACGGGACUUAUUCCUCCAAGGGCGAGAGGUGCACGGUGCGCUUCCCGGCUAAAUUGACGAUGCAGCAGCAGUGCUGGAAGGAGACGGUGGAGGAAGAGGAGGACGUGGCUACCGCAGUUGUUUGUCAGUGUAUUUCGUCAGCCUGAGAUGAGAAAGAGCCAUAUAAAGUUUGUCAUUUUUGAGUUAAUAAACAUUAUGGUGUCAAGUUUUGGCACCAGGGUAAGUUUGGCAGGUCGAGUCUUCUAAUGUUUUUGGUAAAUAAAAAAGGGUGACGACAUAAUCUUUCUUUGGGGUCCCAAACCUGUUGUCAAUGUCAUUUCCGUGCUUUCUCAGCAAUAGAGUUGAAUUCUAUAAUUGAUUACUUGGACUGAUAUGAGUUGUAAGAUUAUUACAAAUCAAAUUUGAUUUGUCAUUCCUUUUCUACUAUUGGAGAAACUAGAAUGUUGUUUUCCCUGUUUCGUUUCACGUCGAGGAAAACACAAAAUCCGGCGGUCAUCAUCAGAGUUAAUGCAAUCAUUUUCUUUUCAUGAAUUUGGAAUUAAUGUAAUCAUGAAUCAUGUGUAAUCAUGAAUCAGAGAGAAAUGUGUUUUAACAGUGCAAAAUUUUCACUUUUCUUGUUCACUCCCAAUCUUGAUAUGUUCGGGUUUUUUCUAGGGACA